AUGUCCAGCUCAAGCACCAAACUCAGAGAAGAUUUUCUUCGCAUCCCAAAACUCACAGCGGACGGAGAAAACUGGAUGACCUAUAAGGAUAGGUUGUUGUGGUCCAUAGAUGCUUGUGGGUUCCUCAGUCACCUAGAUGGGACUGAGAAGAAACCAGUAGAUCCCUCAAUGUUGUUGGGAAGAGGAGCAUUGUGGACACCAACCACAUCAGAUGAGAUCAGGGAGCUUGCAGUGUACAGGACUGCUAUGAAGGAAUGGUGCAUGGGCAAGGCAAUAAUGAAGCAGCAAAUUGCUGGCACGAUCCCUGAUUCCCUGUUCAUACAAGUCAAGAACUUGGCGACAGCAGGAGAGAUCUUUACAUACCUAUCCAACCUCUUUGAGAAGCAUUCUCAAGUUAUGUCUGUUGAGCUAUUGCGGAAGCUGCAGGACCAGAAGUGUCCUGAGAAGGGCAACAUCUGA